CUCAGCGUUGCUGAGAGCUCAGAAAGCUCAGUGCUCCCCCGCCCCCCGCAAGUGUCUGACUCAGUAACCCCAGGGUGGGCUCAGAAACUAUGCCUCCCACAUCUCCAGGCCGCGGCCGUGGUCUGGGGGCCACGCUCAGAGGGCCUUUGCUGAGGAGGCCGGAGCUCAGGCCUCGGUUUGCAUCCUCGCCCCGCACGGCUGGCCAUGUGGUCGCUCAGCGGCUCCUCCUGUGCCGAUGGGAGACCUGGCCGAGCUCGGCCCCUGACCGUCACCAUCCCCUUUCACUUCACGCAGCCAGUGGGCUGGGCGGGCCUCACGGGAGGGAGGGCGUGUUGGCCGCCCUGACCCCCUGUUGCUCCCCGCAGGCUCUUCGUCCUGGGCAUCGGCUUCUUCUCGCUCUGCUUCCUGAUGACGUCCCUGGGAGGCCAGUUCUCCGCGCGGCGCCCGGGGGACUCCCCGUUCACCAUCCGCACAGAAGUGACGGGCGGGCUGGAGUCCCGCGGUGCCCUCCGCAAGAUGAGCGACCUGCUGGAGCUGGUGGUGAAGCGCAUGGACACGCUGGCCAGGCUGGAGAACAGCAGCGAGCUGCACCGCGCUCCCGGGCACGGGCACGGGCACUCCCUGGACAGGCUGCCCCCGGGGGCCGGCCUCAUGGAGCGGAUCCAGGCCAUCGCGCAGAACGUCUCCGACAUCGCCGUGAAGGUGGACCAGAUCCUGCGCCACAGCCUGGUCCUGCACAGCAAGGUGUCUGAAGGCCGGCGGGACCAGUGUGAGGCGCCCAGUGACCCCAAGUUCCCUGACUGCUCAGGGAAGGUGGAGUGGAUGCGCGCCCGCUGGACGUCUGACCCCUGCUACGCCUUCUUCGGGGUGGACGGCACCGAGUGCUCCUUCCUCGUCUACCUCAGUGAGGUCGAGUGGUUCUGCCCCCCGCUGCCCUGGAGGAACCAGACGGCCACGCAGGCGGCCCCCAAGCCCCUCCCCAAGGCCCAGGCGGUUUUCCGGAGCGACCUGUCCCGCCUCCUGGACCUCAUGGGCAGCGGGAAGGAGUCGCUGAUCUUCAUGAAGAAACGGACCCGGCGGCUCACGGCCCAGUGGGCACUGGCCGCCCAGCGCCUGGCGCGGAAGCUGGGGGGCUCCCAGAGGGACCAGAAGCAGAGUCCCUAUCAUUUCAUGAAAUUCUCUCUUGUCUGUGUUCACUGUGUCUCCUCUUCCAUCUGGAACAUCCUCGUCCACAUCGGCUUCCUGACGGAGGAGUCUGGGGACGUGUUCAGCCCGAGGGUGCUGAAGGGCGGGCCUCUGGGGGAGAUGGUGCAGUGGGCGGACAUCCUGGCCGCUCUCUACGUCCUGGGCCACAGCCUGCGGGUCACAGUGUCCCUGAAGGAGCUGCAGAGUAACUUAGGGGUGCCGCCGGGCCGCGGGAACUGCCCGCUCACCGUGCCCCUGCCCUUUGACCUCAUCUACACCGACUACCACGGCCUGCAGCAGAUGAGGCAGCACAUGGGGCUGUCCUUCAGGAAGUACCGGUGCCGGAUCCGGGUCAUCGACACCUUCGGGACGGAACCCGCGUACAACCACGAGGAGUACGCCACGCUGCACGGCUACCGGACCAACUGGGGCUACUGGAACCUCAACCCCAAGCAGUUCAUGACCAUGUUCCCUCACACCCCCGACAACUCCUUCAUGGGCUUCGUGUCCGAGGAGCUGAACGAGACGGAGAAGCAGCUCAUCAAGGCCGGCAAGGCCAGCAACAUGGCCGUGGUGUACGGCAAAGAGGCCAGCAUCUGGAAGCUCCAGGGGAAGGAGAAGGUCCUGAGCAUCCUGAGCGAGCACAUGGAGGUCCACGGCACCGUGUUCUACGAGAGCCAGCGGCCCCCCGAGGUCCCCGCCUUCGUCAAGAACCACGGCCUCUUGCCGCAGCCCGAGUUCCAGCAGCUGCUGCGCAAGGCGAAGCUCUUCAUCGGGUUCGGCUUCCCCUACGAGGGCCCCGCGCCCCUGGAGGCCAUUGCCAACGGCUGUGUCUUCCUGCAGUCCCGCUUCAGCCCGCCCCACAGCUCCCUCAACCACGACUUCUUCCGAGGCAAGCCCACCUCCAGGGAGGUGUUCUCGCAGCACCCGUACGCCGAGAGCUUCAUCGGCAGGCCCCACGUGUGGACCGUGGACUACAACAACUCGGAGGAGGUCGAGGCCGCCCUCAAGGCCAUCAUGAGGACCCAGGUAGACCCUUACCUGCCCUACGAGUACACCUGUGAGGGGAUGCUGGAGCGAAUCCACGCCUACAUCCAGCACCAGGACUUCUGUGCAGCCCCAGGCCCCGCCCCAGCAGGGGCUGGAGUCCCGAAGAGCCCCUUGGUCCUGGCCCCCAAUGCCACCCACCUCGAAUGGGCCCGGAACUCCACCCAGGCCCGCCGGCCCCCGGCCCCCACCCAUCAGUGCUGUGUCCGUGUCCCUCCAGCUUCCAACCAUCUCGGAUCAACUGUGCACCCCGUGCAGCAUGCCUGCCCCCGCCCAGACCCCCAGAAACACUGCCACCCCAUCCUGUGUAUAACCCCCUCCCUCCCUGGGCCACCCAGCCGCCCUCCUGGGCUGCCCCGCCACUCCCGGCCCGGCCAUGGAGGCGGCCCGCUCCCCUCGGCUCCUCCGGGCAGCAGCUCGCUUUACAUCCCGGAGCUCCAUGAUCACACGCUCUCAGCCUCCACCUCCCGGGCCUCGGAGGAGGGCGAGGAUGGCCUCAGAGCCUCGGCCUCCACCUGCCCGCAGGGCCCUCAGAUCACCUGGCUGCUUCGCCCACAGCAAGUCAGCCAGCAAGCCCGGGAGCUCCGGGCCCCCGGCUGGAAGGAGCCCUCAGUCUGGCACGGCAUCUGCAGGUGGGGAAAGGGCCUGGGAGUUAGCCGGCAGGUGGGCCCCUAG